AUCUUACCCAUCUUCAUGUUUUCCGUAAUAUAUAAAGAGAGGGGUUGGAAUUCGAGGCAUGAGAAAUUUUCUGUCCGGGCAAUUUUCAUCUCUCGCUUUCUCGAGAAACACAUUUGUUCGUCGAACUUGUUUCCCCGAGAUUCUGCCUGAGAUUCGGCGAGGUGAUAUUUGUGGCGGUUUUGGAGCUCGGUGAAAAUGGCGGAAGAGCACAUGGAGACGCUGUUGAAGAAGAACUACCAUGAAAAUUGCCCAGGCUGUAAGGUUGAUCAGAUGAAGCAGCUCCGUCGAGGAUUCCCUCUCCGUGAGCUUUGUACCAUUUGGAUCAUCGUCCUCUGCACUGCUCUGCCCAUCUCCUCUCUGUUCCCAUUCCUUUAUUUUAUGAUUCGUGAUCUUAAAAUAGCUGAAAAGGAAGAAGACAUUGGCUAUUAUUCUGGAUUUGUAGGUUGCUCGUUUAUGCUUGGCAGAGCAUUGACAUCUGUCGCCUGGGGGAUGGUGGCUGAUCGUUAUGGUAGAAAACCUGUAAUCCUCCUAGCAACGGGCUCAGUGGUGAUACUCAAUUCACUGUUUGGCCUAAGUUUAAAUUUUUGGAUGGCCAUCAUCACAAGAUUUUGCCUUGGAAGUUUCAGUGGUUUACUUGGACCUAUUAAGGCCUACGCAAUGGAAAUAUUUCCUGACGAAUAUCAAGCGUUAGCACUCUCAGCUGUUAGCACAUCAUGGGGCAUUGGAUUGAUCAUUGGCCCUGCCUUGGGAGGUUUCCUUGCACAGCCAGCGGAGAAAUAUCCGGGCAUAUUUCCCAAGGAAUCAAUUUUUGGCAAAUUCCCGUACUUCUUGCCAUGCUUUGUAAUAUCACUCUUUGCUUUAGGGGUGACAAUAAUUUUCUUCCGGAUUCCGGAAACAUUACAUAAUCACAAGUUUGAUGAUGCAUCACAUGAUGAAUCUAAUGAAACUCUGGAAGCGGCAACUCAUGACCCUGCUGGCUCUGAUGGAAAGGCAGAGGGAGACGAAGGAAGUUCUCUCUUAAAGAAUUGGCCACUAAUCUCGUCCAUCAUCGUUUAUUGUAUUUUUUCACUUCAUGACAUGGGUUACACAGAGCAGGUGUUUUCUUUGUGGGCAAACAGUCCCAGGAGUUAUGGAGGUUUGGGCUACUCCACUACACAAGUGGGUUCAGUUCUUUCAAUUUCAGGUUUUGGUCUCCUUGUCUUUCAGAUUUCUUUAUACUCUUACGUGGAGAGGUGUUUAGGAACUAUCAAAGUCACCCGUCUUGCCGGGGCUCUGGCGAUACCCCUUCUCUCAUGUUACCCACUUAUAGCCAAGCUAUCUGGUUUCACCCUUAGCCUGGUGUUAAAUUGUGCAUCUGUCGCUAAGAAUGUGUUAAGUGUGUGUGCUAUCACAGGAUUGCUCAUUCUUCAAAACCAAGCGGUGAAACAACGCCAGAGAGGGGUGGCGAAUGGCAUCGCCAUGACGGCAAUGUCACUGUUUCAAGCAGUUGGCCCAUCUGCGGCAGGAGUCCUAUUUUCGUGGAGCGAGAAACGUCGAGAUGCCGCUUUCCUCCCAGGCACACAAAUGAUUUUCUUCAUGCUGAACGUGGUCUUGGCCAUUGGAGUAGCUUCAACGUUCAAGCCGUUUUUAGCCGAAGCUCGAUAACUAUAUAUAUAUAUAUUAAUAUAUUUAUUUGGACCCCAUCUUGCAGUGAUAAAAAGAUUGCAGAUUCUUUAAGAAGAAAGCCGACACUUUCGGUCUUGAUACCGAAUUUGGUUCGAUGUAUAAUGGACCGACGGCCCAUCGACGAAUAAAUUAAAAUAUGCAACCUCUUUCCGUACACUACUCGCCUCGCUGCUGUAUAGGAUAGCUAAAAUCUUCAAAUUUUGUUACAGUUUUAAAGUUAAUACAGUGUUAAAAAAAAGUUAAAUAGUAUUUAUAAUUGUUAUA